CAGCGUCGAGCCACACCACCGAGACCCGGGAGCUGCUCCGCGUACACCGCGUAAACCGCGCACCGAGAACCGGGGAAACAAGGCUCCUGUCGCGGGAGGAAAAGCAGAGCAGAGCCGUGCGGCCGCUGGUGCUCGUGCCCCGGCAGAAAAACCGACAUUUCAGAUGGCGUCCAGCGAGCCGCGGCUCCAGCAGCAGCCGUCCCCGAAAGACGCGGCGGACCAGAACUUUGACUACAUGUUCAAGCUGCUGAUCAUCGGCAACAGCAGCGUGGGGAAGACGUCCUUCCUGUUCCGCUACGCCGACGACUCCUUCACCUCCGCCUUCGUCAGCACCGUGGGCAUCGACUUCAAGGUGAAGACGGUGUUCCGCAACGACAAGAGGAUCAAGCUGCAGAUCUGGG